CCGUUCCGUGCGGGCAUUUUGUUUUUACCGUCUCCGAAGAACUGAAGGGAAACCUUAAUUCGAUAAUGGAGUCGGGCGGGGAAGAGGUGGCCGAGCAACAACAAUCAGCGAAGGUGCAGAUUUACCCAACGUCUUCCACCGGAGUCUCUCCUUUCUGGAGAGAGAAGUAUGAGAGAGAUGCCAAGAAGUAUUGGGAUGUCUUCUACAAGCGACAUCAAGACAGAUUCUUCAAGGAUCGGCACUACCUGGACAAGGAAUGGGGUCGCUACUUUCAUGGAGAUGGAAGAAAGGUUGUUUUAGAGGUUGGCUGUGGUGCUGGAAACACUAUCUUUCCUCUGCUUGCAAUGUACCCAGAUAUUUUUGUUCAUGCCUGUGAUUUCUCACCACGAGCCAUUGACUUGGUGAAGGCUCACAAAGACUUCAUGGAGGGCAGUAUCAAUGCUUUCGUUUGUGAUCUGACUGUUGAUGAUUUAAGCAAGGAGAUCAAACCAUCUUCGGUUGACAUUGUGACCAUGAUUUUUAUGUUAUCUGCAGUGGCUCCAGAAAAAAUGCUUCUAGUCUUACAGAACAUCAGAAAAGUUCUUAAACCAAAUGGUCAUGUGCUGCUCCGAGAUUACGCCACCGGUGACCUUGCUCAGGAAAGGUUUGCUUGCAAAGAUCAAAAGAUCAGUGAGAAUUUUUUUGUCAGGGGAGAUGGUACUCGUGCUUUCUAUUUCUCUGAAGAGUUCUUGACAAGGUUAUUCAAAGAAACUGGAUUUAUAGCUGAAGAACUUGGUGUUUGCUGCAAACAAGUGGAGAAUCGAUCACGGGAAUUAGUGAUGAAUCGGCGUUGGAUCCAGGCCGUCUUCUGUUUUUCAGAUGGUCCAGACUCUUCUUCUGUUUCAAAAUCUGCAAAUGAGCUGGAUCAUCUUAAUGGGCCUAUGUUCAAAGUUGCCAGUAUCAGUAUGGAGGAACCUCGAAACCAUUUUGAAGUUGAUAUGUCUGAGGGUAUUGCUGUUGAAAUGUUUGGUACUUUGCCAUCCAUUGAAGAGAUAAUUGAGAUCAACAUCAGAGAGUGCAGUUUCAGGAUAAAAGGACUUCCCAAGGAAUACCAACACACCUGCAAAUCUACUGGCUUGAUGCUGUGGGAAUCAGCUCAGCUGUUGUCAGCAGUGCUAGCAAGAACUCCUUCUAUAGUUGCAGGGAAAAAAGUUCUGGAGUUGGGAGCGGGCUGUGCAGGCAUUUGCUCAAUGGUUGCAGUUAGGUCUGCUGACCUUGUAGUUGCCACUGAUGGAGAUUUGAGAGCACUUGACCUGUUGAGAGAGAAUGUUUCCUCUAAUCUUGAACCACAACUUCUUAACAAACUGGUUACAAAGAGACUGGAAUGGGGAAAUAGGGAUCACAUAGAGGCCAUCAAGGAAAUGAGUCACAGUGGUUUUGAAGUCAUUAUAGGCACUGACGUGACAUAUGUCCCUGAAGCUGUCUCACCACUUUUUGCUACUGCGAGGGAGCUGAUUUCUUCUAAUGAUAGCCUCUGGGAUGGCUCAAAACCUGCAUUUAUUCUUUGCCAUGUUCUACGCCGAGUUGAUGAGAUGUCCCUACUUUCAGCUGCAUCACAAUUUGGUUUCAAGCUUGUUGAUAGGUGGCCCACGAGAGUGCCAAAUGAACAUUCCCAGAGAGUUAUUGGCUCUUGGUUCUCAGAAGACAAUGCCGUGGGAGUUCUGCCAAGUACUGCAUUGAACAUCAUGUACUUCCACAUCUAGUCAAUUUUUGGCCUUUCUUCAUUUGUACUGCUACAGAAUUGUCAUCCGGUAAUUCCUUUCUUUAUAAUACGAGUUGACUAUUGAAAAGAAAAAUAAUUUGAUUCUAGUUCUGUUAACUUACUUGGAAUUUCUUACCAUGUUAUUGGGUUUUCAAUGAAACUAGCAUUGUAUUGGCACAAUUAAUUGCAUUUACUGUCACUAACCAUAGAUUG